AUAUAUAUAUUUUCGGAUGUAUCAGUUCAGGGGUUUUCCAAUAUACGUUACAAUAUAUAUACAUACAUAUAUAAAUCCGAAAAUAUUGAUCGUGGAGUAAAAAAAGUGUGAGAAACAAAGUUGAAGGAAAUAAAAUUCCACCCAUUAGGAUUUUUUUGAUAAACUUGAUAGUAUAACUCUGCAAAUAUUGAUCCUAGCGUAAAAAUGAUGAUCACCAAACUUGUGGGAAAUUAAAUUUCCAACAACUUUGGAUUCCACCAUUUUUGCUCUAAGGUUGUAAAUUAACGAGUUAUUUCAGAAAAACGAAAAAAUCCAACUUCAAAUCAAGAUGGCGGCGAACGCAAUGGCGGGAUUUUCCCGAAAAUCGAGAUUUAGACUUCCAACCACCCCCCCCAAAGUUUAAAAAAAAAGAAUCGCUCCCCCUAAUUAUUUCCAUUUGAAUGUCAAUCUCGACUGGACUAAUUCAGUAUUCAUUAGAUUUUUAUAUUCGUAUGUUGCAAAACAUGAAUUUGAAGAUUAUCCCGGUAUAACGAAGAAAAUAGAGGGGGAUAUUGGAAGUUGCAUUCUUGGAAAAUGUGUUUUUUGUCGAUUUUAUCGCUGACAAGGUUCGAUAAUGUCAAUUCAACUAAUUGAUAAUUUAUUAUUACCUGAAUCUCAGUUGCGUCACUUGAAUAAUGGAUAAUUUUAACCCUUAUGUGCACAACCGGGUACCCGGGUAUCCACCUCGUCACAUUUUUUCUCAUAACUUGAGUAAAAAUUAAAAUUCCGACCUGAGUCUUCGAAUCCCCAUUAUUUAACUCUUUUCGAAGCUAAAAACGUAUUGGAAAUUUGUUUCAAAUUUUUUAAACCAAAAAAAAUGACGUUAAAGUACAUGUGUAUAAAUGCCACAACCGGGUACCAGGGUAUCCACUAAAUGAAAAAUGAUGUUUAGGCUUAGGAAUUAAUUAAUAUCAUCGAUAAAUAUUUCAUUGCGGUAAUAGGGGUUAAUAAAUAAACAAUGCUAGGGAGAAAGUCACACCACACCACUAUCCCCACUACUACAGUUUUGAACAUCUGCCGGUUGCCGAAGGGCAAAAAUAACCGCUCGCUACCUGAGCAGCACUCAGCGACCCUACUUCUAACUUUUUUUUACCGAAGCUAUAGCAUGCUGGGGGACUCGAAAAUGGCUCAGAUAGUUUCUAUAGAUGUGUAUUUAAUAUAAUAAAUUUAUUCCAAACGAUUCCGUUCAUAUGCAUACUCAGGAAUGAAGAAAAACUAGUGGUGGAUACCCGGGUACUCUGGUUGUGCAUCAACCUGCUAAAAGUUGGUUGUGCACAUAAGGGAUAUAAGUGUGAUUUUUCAAUUCUCAAUUCCAUUGCCUUAUUUUUCGAAGUCUUGGAAUAAAGUAGCAGAAAAAAAUGAUAAUCAAAACAUUGAAAACAGACAAUUUAAUAUUGUAUUCAUACAUUCUGAUGCGUGAUUGUAAUAAGUAAACGUGAUAUACAAUGCGGCCUGUAAUAUAUCAGAAAUCCUCACACAUUGCGUACGCGAGUUAUUGAGUACAAUGUGCGUAUCACGUCGUAACAGCAUAGCGAAGGUUCAUUAAUGUGGAACUGACAAUGAGUGGGGAGAAAGGCGGAACGAGAUGCUCGGAAGUAUUUUGUGUCAAGUCGAAUAACGCACAACGUCGAUUCUGCGCUAGCGGUUAUAAAAGUGUUUUAAAACAUAGAUCCCUUCAGAGAAUUAAAGUAUUUCCUUUUUCGGUUGAAAGUUCAUCAUCAAAUUGUAUGAAAGUAUACAAGCCGCCGGCAAAGAAAACAGUGGAGCUAAUAAUAGCACCAAGGUCCACGUUAAAAAUUAAACUUCCACGUUAUAUCUUCUACGAUAAGUGGCAGAUGAAGUUAUCGCCAAGAUCUGACGGCUGUUCAAAUUGCUCAUUAGUGCAAUUUGGCUGGUUGCGGGUGUUGUGGGUUAUUGUGAAACGAGAGUUACCAGCGUGUUGAGUAUUGCAAACAACGAUGCGGAUAAAAUUUAGAAGUGAUUUUUCCAUAUUCUCACUGCUGAGCAUCUUGUUCACGCCGAGCACAGGUCAGUUUGAGAAUGACACUGGUUCCACGGAUGCAAACGUUUCUCUUCCAAUAUUGACAAUACCGCAAGGAGAAAUUCAAGGCGUGAACUUGGUUACUUACCGUAACAGGACAAUUUAUGGAUUCCUGGGCAUUCCCUAUUCCCGACCACCGAUUGGAAAUCUCAGGUUCCGCAGCCCCGUGGCAGCAAACGCUUGGAAUGGAACUUUAGAUGCAAGUACCGACGGAAAUAUGUGUCCCCAGCUAUCAGGAGAUCAUUUUAUAGGUGAUGAGGACUGCCUGUACCUUAAUGUUUACACGCCACAGAUUUCGGAUGAAACUUCCACUGUUCCGUUACCGGUAAUGGUCUACAUACACGGUGGAGGAUUUGAACGGGGUAAUGGUGGAUUGUCUUCAUUCAGCCCUAAAUACCUCCUCGACAAAGACGUGGUACUCGUCGUUUUUAAUUACCGACUUGGAGUUUUGGGAUUCUUGAGUACCGGGGAUGAAGUUGCCCCUGGAAAUUAUGGAUUGAAAGACAUGGUCCUGGCCCUAAAAUGGGUUCAGAGAAAUAUCGGGUAUUUUGGUGGGAAUGCUGAUCAAGUUACUAUUUUUGGCGAAAGUACCGGUGGCGGUUCGGUGGAACUCUUGGCCCUAUCGAGAUUGACGGAGGGACUUUUUCACAGAUACAUAACGGAGAGCGGGUCGGCAUUGUCAAUUAGAUGUUUCCGACCGAAAACAACGUAUGUUCGACGUGCUACUGAGUUGGCCGAGCUGCUCGAUUGUCCAACAGACUCUACAACUGGUCUUGUCGACUGUCUGAGAAACCGUGACGCAAAAGAAAUUAUAGGCACCAAGUCUUCUUUCUACGUUUGGGAAAACUUUCCCGACAUUAUAUGGGGACCGACGGAUGAACCGGAUGUAGACGGAGCUUUUCUAACCGAAAAUCCCGUGAACCUGUACGCUGCUGGAAAAAUUCGUGACCUACCCUGGAUGACUGGCGUUGUUCAUGAUGAAGGAUUAAUUUUGAGCUUGAAGUUUUAUGUGAAUCCGGAUAAGUUCGAAGAGUUAUUAAGCAAAUUUGACGACGUCUUACCUUAUGUGUUGCAAUAUCAUAACGUAGUCGACGACGAAAAUGCCUUGACAACCGCGUUGAAAGCGUAUUAUUUUAAUAAUAUGACUGCAGAGAGAAGUAGACUUCUCUCCAAUCUCACAGAUCUCAUCGGUGACUCUUUCUUCAUAUUUCCAAUUUACAAUGCGCUCCAAAAGCGCAUGCUUUUGGUGGAUAGUCCCGAAUAUUUUUACAGAUUUGGGUACCGGGGCAGUUAUAGUUAUAGUUACAAAUACAGUGGCGGAUCAACGGACAACUACGGCAUAGCUCACGCCGACGAACUUCUUUAUCUCUUUCCGUACCCCAAUUCUACUUUCGGAAAUCUUGGUGAGGAAAUGAGUGAGACCGAUUAUGAAAUGGUUGAAAACAUGGUGCAACUUUGGACGUCAUUCGCUAUCAAUGGAACGCCUACCGAGGUGAAUCGGAGUGGUAUCAAAAUUUGGAAACCAUACUCAGUGGAAGAUAACUAUGUCAUGAUAGGGGAUCAUUCAGAAGUAACAAACAAGGUUCUUUAUUCUUUCUUGUCAGACAGAAUGGGCUUCUGGAAAGAUUUGACUGGUACAAUUUCAAAUAUGUCAAAUACUGCCCCAGUCAGAACUAAUACUUUUUUCGAGAAUAUCAUGCUCAAUUUAAAAUGUUUUGUGUCGUUCUUAUUCCAUACAUAAGAUGUAUUUAAUACAUUAAAAAUCUGAGUAGUGUGAGAUCGGCAAAAUGGGGGCACAAUUAUUUGCAUUAACCCUUCGAGGGUAACGUCAUUUUGACUACCCUUAAACUGUAACGUCGGGUCACUCGUGUCCGAUGCUUAAAAAAGUGCUUUAAAAUGCUUUAAAAAAUCUGAAAAAAUUCAUGGUGACUUAUUAACUAUCCUAGAAUAAAAAUAAUUCACCAUAUUGCCGAUUUUUUUUUUUAAUUGUGUAUAAUUCAAUAAUCAAAUUAAAAUUUGUCAAAUGCUUUUUUUUUUCAAAUAGCCAUAAUUUUUGAUAAAAUUAAUAUUUUUUGAUGAUCCAAGCGGGAAAUGAAAGUUUAAGAGUUGUACUUCAGUAAAAAAAAAACUUGAAUGGCCGUACGGAUGAAUAGAAUGCUUAAGUUUUAAGCAUGAAAAAUCGGUUUCAACACGUGUUUACAUUCAAGAGUUAGAUUAGAACACUCAAUUUUCGUAUACACGUGUUUACGUUCAAGAAUUACAUGUGUAUGCUCAAUUUUCGUUUUAUUUUAUAAAUCCUUUUGUAAAGACACACUUUUCUGAUAAAAAAAUAGCAAAAAUUCGGAAAAACCAAAUUUCUUACCCUACACUUUUCGCACUCAUGUACGGUAACAUCGGGUCACUUGUGCCUUUUCGAAAAUAUGUCUGAUCCUCACGAUGGCUGGUAAAGGGCUGCGGCGUCGGCGCUUGGGGAUAUAGUAGCCUACUACAAUACAAUUUUUUCCAGCACAGUUCAGCCGGACUCCCUUCCCCCCUCCUCGAGUUACCAAUGAGAGUUACUUUUGCCGAGGCACGAGUGACCCAACGUUACCGUUUAAGGGUUAAACAAAUGUAUGUGUAAGCUUCGAGUUAGCAUCUACCUAUUUCCAGCAUUGUACCCGUACAUAAAUUGUCCAAGUGUAAUUGAAUUGAAUAAAAGAAGAUAUUCGAGAUAAUGAAUAGCAACUACGAAAA